UCUGUUUCAGCAGAGUAGAGUGAAGAGCACAGUCAGUGAAAAAAAGAAAAAAAAAAUCAGGGUUCAAAUGAAGGGAGAAAAGUACAGAUAGACAAAAAAAAAAACAGGCCAAGAGAAAAAGCCACAGUUAAAAAGAAACUUUCAAAAGCAGGGAGAUAAAAGUGUGGAGAAAGUCACAGUGAGAGACAGGCGGAGAGUGGAGAGAUACAUUCAGUUCUAAAAAAGAAUGGGCACCCUGGUGAGCAGUGCUGCUGCUCUACUCUUAAUCUCCCUUCUGGCUUUGCUCUUUGGAGUUUCUUCAGUCCUGGGCCAGGACCUGACAGAGAGGGAUGCACUAUGCAAUGCGGAUGGCUGUUUUGUGGUCUACUUCCAACGCAAGACUUUUCUGGAAUCAUGGAGGGCCUGCAAGAAUAAAGGUGGUAACCUGGCUACCAUCAAACGCAAGCAGGAUGCCAACACUAUUACCACUCUCUUCUCCUCUCUGGACUUGCGCCACUCACGCACCAAGGUCCAGGUAUGGAUUGGCCUGCAGCGGCAGCCUCGCCAGUGCGCCACCACGCGCCCGCUCCGGGGUUUCUCUUGGACUACUGGUGACCAGGACACAGAGUAUACUAACUGGCAGAGAGAGGUCUCCCCUAGCAUGUGCUCAGUGCCACGCUGUGUAGUUAUGGGCUACAGCACUGAAGAGCAGAAUGAUAACUUUAAAUGGCUGGAUGGUCCCUGCUCAGUCCCUGUAGAUGGGUAUCUUUGCCAUUAUGCCUACAAAGGAAUGUGUCCUGCGUUGUGGAGUGAAGGGGCAGGCAAUGCCCUCUACACCACACCAUUUAACCUUCUAAGCACACUUCUAACCCAUGUACCCUUUGGAUCAGUUGCUACUGUGCCCUGCCCCACAGGCACUAAGGAAGAACAGUCAGUUCUGUGUUUGCUGAAGGAAGAUGGCUCAGUGGGGUGGUCAAGAGAUUCCCCCCUCUGUGCCGAUCCCCCUCUAUCACACAACUGGUGUGACCAGAAUAACGGCGGAUGUGAACAUUUCUGCAGGCCAGCCGGUGCUCACUUCUAUUGUGAGUGUGCUGACGGUUAUCAACUAAGAGACAAUGGGCAGAGCUGUGAGCUGUCUGAUGUUUGUGAAGGGGCCCCCUGCGAAUCUGAGUGCCUGCCCCUUUCAGAUGGGUACCGUUGUGCCUGCCCUGAAGGAUACAUGCUUGCACCAGAUGAACGUGGCUGUCUGGAUGUAGACGAGUGCCUUCAGAGUCCCUGUGAGCAGCAUUGUGUGAAUGCUCCAGGGACAUUUGAAUGUCGCUGUCGGGAGGGUUACCUUCCUGAUGAUGAGGGUGGGUGUGAGGACAUAGAUGAGUGUGUAAAUGACCCAUGUGAACACGCCUGUGAGAACACUCAAGGUUCUCAUAUCUGCCACUGCCAUCUGGGUUUUUCCCCGCUGCCUGAGGACCCCAGCCGAUGCCAAGACACUGACGAGUGCCAGAUCCCUGGGACCUGCGAGCAGAUGUGUGUGAAUUAUGAUGGUGGAUUUGAGUGUUACUGCGAGGAAGGCUAUGAACUCAUGUCUGAUCAUUACUCAUGUCGGAAGAUAGGGGAAGGAGAUGAUCAAUCUGCUGCCACUCACCGGCCUGGACCUGUAUGGGACCGUGUGGACUAUGACAUAUGGAACCCACAGCAGUCCCACACUGACUGGCCUCCAGAGGUGGAGCAAUCUCUGGACUGGUUGACCGAUCCACCCAGAGUUUUGGACUCUGAUGUCAUUUGGGUCACUAGUGCCCCUCAGGAGGAACUGCCCUUUGAUCCAGCACUGAACCCUCUGAACCCUCAGACUGAGGAACAUGACGAAGACAUAGACAAUGGAGGACCUGACUGGUUGGAGUGGGGGCAGAGAUUCCAGUCUGAGCUAGGAGCUUCGCCAACCAUCAUCUCCACUACACCUCCACCCACCACCAGCUCCAGCACCACCGGAGACUGGUACGAAGAUGAUGAGGAGGAGACCACCACAGCUUUCCCCUUUCUUCCUACCUCUACAAUCUCUGAGGGAGCUUGGAAUUGGUGGGCUGGGCUCACUCCUGCGAGUCAGAAACCAGGAAAUCCAGAGGAUUCAGUCACAGACCACUACAUGCCUACCAAUUCCAGCUACCACAAUGAGGCAGAGGAGGAAAAGUACCCCCUUAGGGAAAACUCUCAGUUCCCAGAGGAGGAGUUGGGGGAGGAGGAAGAGAAUAAUGUGGAGAUCACCCAUUCCCAAGACCCAGCUGUUCCCACCCAGCUUAUUCCGUCCCAGCCACCCCCAAGCGAGGGCGGAGAGAACGGUGACAACCUGGAUUCUGUCCAGGAGGACAGGGGACAGAAACAGAGCAGCACCUGGCUCCUGGUGGGCCUCUUAGUGCCAAUCUGCAUUUUCAUUGUGGUGAUGGUGGCACUGGGUAUUGUCUACUGCACCCGGUGUGCUGUUCAGCCACGCAACAAAAAUGCCACUGACUGCUACCACUGGAUCGCUGGGGCUCAUGACAAACAGGGAGCUCCUAACCCCUCUGCAGGGGUCAAGACCCAUGUUUAAACAGAGAAGAGAGAAAAUGACAUUCACAUAAACAGACUCUGUUUCAGAGGUAAGCAGGAGUGAAUAAUGAACCUGGUAGGGGACAAGCUAAAUGUUUUACCCUCUGUCAUUGGAACUGCCCACUCUUUAAACACAUUUGGAUAUUACUGUUGAAUAUCAAUUGAUAGAGGUGGGGAAGGGACACUCAAAACCACUGACCUUUCUUUGGGAUGGGGUGCUAUGUGGUACAAACUGCUUUGAUGUUGCAUACACUGACCACACAGCACAAGAUCUUAUUGCUUCAUGAUUGCACUAGAUUACAUAGUGAUAAAAUAUUACCGUCUUCAUUAGUAAUCUUGAAAAAUCUGAUAAUAUCUGAGCAUAAUGUGUGUAGUCAUUGAUUCAUUUCAGCAUUUCACAGCUGGAUACAGAUCCUGGCAAGAGCUUUGGAAAUCAGUGUACUGAUGACAAAAGCAUUGUGCCUUUUUGAGGCAGCAAAACUUGACUGUGAGGUCCCUUUUAUGCAAAAUCCUCAGGCUCAGUUAAUUUUAAUAGCAUAGCACUGUAGAUAACCAUUACUGUCAAAUGUGUUAAAGGGAUUUAGAUGCAUCUUUAGCUCACAUCAGUGGUGAGUGUAAGAAGACUGUAUGAAAAUUUCCCUUUAUGAAAAAAGCCAUUCUGAAGCCACAUGAUAAUGCUGGGAAAGCAAUCAUUUAAAAUCACUGUGUUGGUGUUGAAUGGUUAAUAGAGAUCAAAACCUUCUUUGUAUAUACUGUUUUUUGUAUAUAUGUUUAUCUCAAACUUACCACCAGCCAUUUUUUUUAGAAAAUGUAAUAGCAUUAAUAAUUCAAUGACAUGCCUUUUUUAUGGACCCUGUAAACCUGGUGAUAUGCAGAGGAAUGUCUGUCUGCACAUGGGAAUGUCUUUCCCUAUUCAUGUCAAGUUGAGAGCACUUCUCCUUUCCUUAACUUUUUUUGAAAAGAGGUUAAAGUGCAGAUGUUCACACUGCACAGGGAAUGUUGCAGGGGCUGGUGGUUGACAUUAGCCUUGACCUUGUUCAUGAAAUGUCCAUCAGUCACCCUUCGUAACCCUAAUUCAUUAGUGCACCUGAGAAUAUUUUGUCUUAGACCAGCCCUAAAUUGUUUUAUGGCCUUGUUGGAUCAAAUCCAGUUGUGUGAGACUGCAGUCAGUGUGACACCUUGCAGUUGCCGGUGCAACUUCAGGUUUUCAACAAUUUAACAAGAUAAUCAGAUCACUUAUGAAUAACACCAGGGAGCAUCAUCACAUUUGCUCUUUUGUAGAACUGCUCAUUGGUUACUAGGGUCUAAAAACUUUGAAGACCAAAGCGGAAAAAAAAAAAUGCAAGGCAUUUACAAAUUAAAGCACAUUUGAUUUUAUGGAUAACUUUUUAUUUAAUGACUGGGGAAAUAAAUCACCAUUCCAAAUUUAUAUAUGAAAUAUGUCUUUAUUUUAUUGAAUGACUGUGAAAUAGAAAAAACACCUGAUGUCUUUUUUAUUUUCUGUUACAUGUUAAGAAAUAGUGAAUUAAAAACUAUGACAAGG